AUGAGGUUUAGACAGAAUGUGGUGGGGGCACCUAGAGAUGUUAAGCUCUUGUGGGCGUCUGUAUUUCUGCGUUUACUAUCUUAUGGUAUAACAAAUCAAGUGCUCACGUUGUUAUUAAGUGGGAUACACAUGGGUGAAGACCGUAUAGGUCUUUUUAUGUCCCUAACCUUAGUUGGUGAUGUGUUGUGUUCUUACAUUCUUACAUGGUAUGCUGAUUCAUGGGGAAGAAGAAGGGUGUUGAUCUACGGAUCUAUCAUGAUGAUGCUGAGUGGUAUUGUGUUUAGUUACUCGGAGAAUUUCCACGUCUUGCUGAUAUUUGCCAUUUUUGGUGUUAUCUCGCCAUCCAGCGACGAAGUGGGUCCCUUUAAAUCGAUUGAAGAAUCGAUGAUUGCACAUCUAUCAUCAAAUGACAAGAGGCCAGAUGUGUAUGCUAUGCAUAGUUUGGUUGGUACUGUAGGCAGUGCUUUAGGUGCAAUAUCUUGUGGGGUGUUUAUUAAAUUCAUCAAGUCUCAUGGUUAUGCUACAACUGAUGUAGAGAGUUAUAAAUUAGUUUUUAGACUAUAUGCGUUCAUUGCAUUUAUGAAAGUUAUUAUAAUGUUUAUGUUAUCAGAAAAGACAGAGUUGGACAGCCAUUUUCAUGAUCAUAUUGAAGAUAAUAAUUUAUCAGAGGCUAUUGUACAUGAUGAAUUGACACCACUAGUAGAAACAGCUGCGCAUAAAAACGAGAUCAAUAAGUCGAGAGCACUCUCAAAGGAAACUAAGGCAACAUUAACUAAGUUGCUGGUAAUCUUCAUGGUGGAUUCAUUAGGUUCAGGUUUUAUGACUAGUGGAUGGAUGGUUUAUUACUAUAAGAAUAUUUUCCUACUAUCACCAGUUGCAUUAGGUACCAUGUUCUUUGUUUCUCAGGGUGUUCAAGCUUUAUCUACAUUGCCAUCAUCGAGUAUUACUAGGAGACUUGGACCAGUUAAGACAACACUAGCAGUUCAAAUACCAUCGGGUAUUUUUUCAAUACUGAUUCCAUUUGCUGUAAAUUAUUUGCCGCUCUCGAUAUUUCUGUUGAACUUACAUUUUGCAACAAUGGCAAUGGAUGUCACUCCAAGGCAAAUAAUUUUGACGAAUUUGUUCAAAUCUAGCGAACUAACUAGAGUCAUGGGUAUAGUAAAUAUUGGUAAAACGUUUGCGCGCUGUAUUGGGCCAAUAUUUACAGGUCUGCUUGCAAGUAAAGGCUUACUGUGGUGUUGUUAUAUCAUAAGUGGUUCCUUAGUUAUUACCGCCGAUGCCAUAUUAGCAUUCUGGUUUUUGUCGAUCGACCAUAAGAUUAAGGCACAAUGUUCAUAA